UCCAUGUCUCAGUCAGGCAGUGGUGUCGGCCCGAGCAACAUAGGGCCUACAUUAAUAACGACGCGCCUGAUGUCGGAAGAGAUUAAACAGCUGAGGAUUGUUGUGGUUGGUGAUGGUUCUGUGGGGAAGACUUCUUUCCUCAAAGCUUACACGCAGGGUACUUUCCCCAUGGAGUACAUCCCGACGGUCUUCGACAACUACAUAGAAAGCUACCAGAGAAACAAUGUGAACUACAUUAUCAACUUCGUGGACACUGCCGGCCAGGAAGACUUUGAUCGUUUGCGUCCAAUCUCCUACAAGGAAGUGUGCGUGUGCUUGAUCUGCUUCAACGUUAAUAACAUCGCAUCAUAUGAAAACGUCAAGCUGAAAUGGUUGCCCGAGGUGCGACGAUACUGUGGUAGAGAUGUGCCCAUCCUCCUUGUUGGGCUCCAAACGGACCUGCGUGCAGCAAAUACUAAAGAAAAUACAGUGACUAAAGAGGCAGGCCAAGAGCUGGCACACUUGCUGGGAUUGUUUAAUUAUGUCGAGUGCUCAGCCAAGACAUGUGCAGGAUGUGAUGAAGUCAUAGAUAUGGCGAUUAAAGAAGCUAUAUCUCCGAAGGCCCAACAGAAGAAAUGUUGCACUGUUCUUUGAGAAUUAUGCAACUCCUCUUGGUGGAUCAAAGGACAUGUAUAUUUACAAACUGACAAUUCUCAGAUUAAUGUAUUUUCCAUGGAAAGCACUAAACCUGUAAGGGUCAUCCAGGACAACACAGCAGAGGCAAAAGAGAUGGAAGAGGUGUCGAUACAGAGAGAAAUUAUUAUAUACAUGUAUAUAUAUAGUAUAUAGUCGGACUUGAGUCCUGGAAAUGGGAAGUACAAUGCCUGCACUUUAAAGGAGGGGUUUGGGAUAUUGGCAGUUUGGAGGGAUAUGUUGUGUAUCUUUAUAUGUGUAUGCUUCUAGACUGUUGUAUUCUGAGCACCUCUGCAAAAACAGUGAUAAUGUGCGAGUGUGGUGAAAGUGUUGAAUGAUGAUGAAAGUAUUUUCUUUUUGGGGAUUUUCUUUCUUUUUUGGGUCUCCCUGCCUCGGUGGGAGACGGCCGACUUGUUGAAAAAAAAAAAAAAAAAAAAAAAAAUAUAUAUAUUUUCACAGUGAUGUGCUAAACCUGUAGGAGUCAUAUACUACCUACUGAAUGGAAGGUAAUCAAGGCUGAUGCAAGGGAGUGUACUUCCACUUCACUAGAUCAAAGGCUUACUGUGCUGGCCUAUGCAAAUGCGCAGGCAUAAGCACAUGAGGUGGCCGAGUGUUUAAGGCGUUGGAUUGCUAAUCGAAUAGGGUCUCCCUGCAUGGGUUCGAAUCCCAUCCUCAUUGCAUUUCUUUUACCAGUGAAGAGGCAGGGCCAACCACAACAAGGUGAGUACAAUUGUGACUCGACCCCUACAGCCACAACUAGGUGAGUACAACUGCAACCUACUUGCAGUAAAAAAACAGGUUUAGUGCCUUACAUGAAUACAUUGUAUGGUACCAGAAGAUGAAAAUAAUUCAAAAUUCAUUAGGUGCCAUAAAGAGCAAAUGAAAGGGCAGAAUCAUACAAAAAUAUUACCAACCAAUGGUUUCAAAAGCAUUCUGAGGCAAGUGAGCAUUGUAACAAGGCUGGAGGCUCUUACUGCAAUUCUGAGGCCAUCAUAACAAAAAAUGUCUAAUGAUAAUAUAAGGCCAUUCUUAAUAUUACUAAGAAAAACUUGGAACACAGGUUAUAUUACAAUGGUCAUUAUCCUGUUCAUGAAAUAAUGACUGAUCCAAAAUUACGGUAACUGAUUUUCUCUGAAAUAAAAAUUGAGAAUGUGAUGAGGAAUUUGUUGGUGUAUGUAAAGGUGUAACACUCAAAAUUAUAGUAUAUAAUUUUGAAGAAAUUCUAUCCUUUGUGCAGAACAAAUCAUACAUAAUUAAGCAGAAAAUAUUGCUGUCUUUAAGAUACAGGAUGAGUUUAUCCAUCAGAGGAAUGAUUAUACAUAUCAAGCCUCACUGAUAUUAUUUAAGAAAGAAGAAUACAUAUAUACUUGCUCUGUGAAGUGAUGGUCAGAUAUAGACAUAGAAUCAAGUGUUAAGUUUAUGACUCUAACCACGAGUUCAAGCCCCUCCCGUGGUAUGGUUUGUUUGCAAUCAUGUCAUUACGAUUUCAUGAGUCAGAGAACAGGUGCCUGUAUUCCCUUAAGCAGUGACAACCCCUAGUGGGUCCACAUUAAGACUGUAUGCAGUGUAGCAUACCUGUAAUUUAAAAGAAGAAGAAUUAGACCCAUUUGCAACAUCUGGGUAUCUUCAUAUUACAGUAUAUCCUUGUAUUGUACUGAUAAAGCCACUGGCUGGCAAAAUAUCUACAUAUAAGUACAAUUUAAAAGAAAAAUACACUAAAGUUUUUGAGAGUAUCCAUUAUUAUUAUUACUAUUAUAAUAAAAAAGGAGCAUUUAAACCUACAAGGGUCACUAUCCAAUAUUAAAUUGAAGCAUUUUACUGUAUUCUAUUAUUUAAAUAAUUUGUGGAUUUAGAAAGGGCACAUAAUAGGAUGGACAGGGUAGCAAUAUGGCAGAUGUUGCAGAUAUAUGGAAUAGGUAGUAUGCUACUUAAAGCAACAGAGAGUUUUUAUGAAGAGAAUGAGGCUCAGGUUAAUAUAUGUAGGAAUGAAGGGGAUCAAUUAAUUACUUACAAAUGCAGACUGUCUUCUGAAAUAGUGGAACUACUUAUGGCCAGAGAAUUAACACUUCCAGUGAGCAAGACAGCAUCAGUAUUCAACGUAAAUACUGUAGCUCUGUUAUACUGCAUUCAGCUAAUAUGUAUACACUAAUUAAGCAAUGUCUGCUACUACAGUACAGUAGAAACCCUGUAUCCACUGAUUCGGUAUCCGUGGUUUCAGUUAUCCAUGGUUUACUGUGGCCCAAAAAUACCUCUUAAUUUUGCACCAUAAUGGCCCCAGAACACAAAAGUAGAAAAGUUGGCAGUUCUUCAAAGCCUAAGAGAAGCCAUGAAGUGUUUCCCAUAAGUGAAAAAAGUGAUAAUUCUCCGCUUAAUGUGCACAAUUUAUCAAUUAAACUUUAUAAACUUUAUAGGUAUGUAUAGGACUUAUAUAUAGGGUUUGCUACUAUCCAUGGUUUUGGUAUCCAUGGCAGGUCCUUGGAAUGUAUCCCUGUAGAUACAGGGGGUCCUUUGGUAUUUGCAAUUGAAAAGGAACAGUAUUGAACGUAAAAUAUGGUGCUGGGCUGUGGUUCGUAUGUUGGUUUACGUACGGCCAGCAGUAACAGUCUGGUUGAUCAGACCCUGAUUCACCACGAUGCCUGGUCUCAGACCGGGCCAUGGGGGCAUUGACCCCCGAAACCCCUCUCCAGGUAAACUCCAGGUUGAAAAAUAAAUGGAAUUAGACAGCAAAUUUUAUAGUUUUGCAAUGCAUCCCUGAUUAUAAAAUGGGUAUCGAUAUGAAAUAUGUUCUGAAUUUUGAAUACUAUUGUUACAAAGCAUUUUCAGGAACAAAACAUUUUAAGUGAAGGGUGGGAGGACCUACCAGUACUAUAGAUGAGGUUGUAAAUGAAUGCUGGAGUAUUGGGAGAGGUGUGAGAUUAAAAAUUAAUAAAUCUGAUACAAAGUGGGAGUUGCACAAUGGCUCUUGGCCAAAGACAGAUUUUUGGAGAUUCUGAAGGAAAGUUGCAAAGAUUGGUAGAAUAAUUUGGGAGAAUUGGUAAAAGAAGUAAAUUAAAAGUGAAUAUAGAAAAGAGGAGAGUGAUAAGAGUACACUUAACAAAAAAGAACAGGCAAUGAAAUACUGAAUAUCAUACUGAAGGGAGUAUAGAGGAUGUAAAUGUAUUUAAAUACUAUACUUUAAUAGUGAAUAUAUCAACAGAUGGGUUUACGAAAUCAAGUGAACCAUAAAAAAGACAUAGGAAAAAGACUGGAAGAGUGUUCAGGCAUCUGUGGGAAGAAAGUUUAUUGAGGCAAAACUGGGAAUUUACUAGGGUAUAGUGGAACCAAUCCUUUUAUAUGGGCAUGAGGAUGGGAUUUAAAUUUUGUGGAAAGGAUUAGGCUAGAGGUAGCCUAACUGUCAUGUUUUGAAAGCAAUGAGUGGUAUGAAUAUGAUGCAAAGAAUCUGGAAUGUAGAAAUUAGAAAAUGAUGUGGGGGUUAGUUAAGUAAAACUCAGAGAGCAGAGGAGAGUUGGAUUUGACAUGCUGCUGGUGUGAGCAAGGUAACAUGUAUGAAAGGAUUCUGAGAAACCGGUAAGCCAGACUUGAAUCCUGAAGGUGGAAAGUAGAAUGUCUGCACUCUGAAGGAGGGCUGGGGAUGUUACAGUUCAGAGGUUCAUUCGAAUUGUGAUAUCUGUGUACAUCUGGCACGACAGCUAUUGAAUGAUUGAUGAUGAAUGUUCCCUUUUGUGGGUCACCCUAGCUUGGUGAGAAACAGCUGGUGUGGUAAAAAAAAAAUUAAAUAUCCCAGAUUAUUUUUAUUUUCUUAAUCCAAGAAUAAGCUUUAAUCAACAGGAUCUGAUGUUUUCAGAUUAGUACUGAGGCACUUGUUUGCGUGUCUUGCAAUCUCAGAUAUACAUUAUUUCUGUAUAUCUUAAUUCUUAUAAUACUCCUCAAUCUAGUUCCUGUCAUUAACUUUGGAUAUAAUACAAUGAGGUUAACAUCAACACACUUUUUUAUAUUCAUUCUGACAUAAUAUCUGAAUCUGAUAUCAUGUGCUAAUGCAAAUUUCUGUACUUUAAGUUUAGAUUUAAACAUUUCUAGUGUCUCCAACAUGUAUUUUGAGUAGAGCAUUGUAAUUUUACAUCAUUUCAUUUUAUAAAAAAAUCAUAAUAAUAUCUAGAAGAUGUUUUCUAUAUCCUAAUCACUAUUAAACUGCAUUUUUCCUUUCCUUUCCAUGUUUAAAUAAGCUCCAAAAUAAUGAACAGCAUGGCCACUUGUAUUCAGAUAGAUAAUUACUAAGUACAGUGGACCCCCGACAUUCGAUGGCAUCGACAUUCGAUAAAUCCGACAUUCGAUGCAUUUUAACGCAAAAAUUUCGCCUCAACAUUCGAUGGAAAACCCGACAUUCGAUACGAUUCAUACGAGACGUGUCCACGUGUGGCCUGAACUGCACCGUGUGUGCCAGUGUUUACAAACCAGCCAGUGUGCGCGCAUCUAAGGAUACAUUCGGUACAAUCCAUAUUAUCCAUAUUAUCACUGUUUUUGGUGCUUGUUUCUGCAAAAAUUGUAACCAUGGGUCCCAAGAAAGCUUCUAGUGCCAACCCUUCGAGAAAAAAGGUGUUAAUGACUAUUGAAAUGAAGAAAGAGAUAAUUGCAAAGUACGAAAGUGGAGUGCGUGUGUCGGAGUGCAUGAUGAUUUGGUAAAGAAAUUGCCUGCAACUAGUGGUGAUGUGAGUGAAUUUAAGGCCAGCAAAGGUUGGUUUGAAAGAUUUAAGAAUCGUAGUGGCAUACACAGUGUGGUAAGGUAUGGUGAGGCUGCCAGUUCAAGUCCUAAUGGAAGGGGAUUCCCCUUCUAAACACUAACACCAUCCACACUCUCCCCUCCUCCCAUCCCAUCAAUCAUCACCAGAUCUUUAUUAAAGGUAAGUGUCAAUUAUUCUAUUGUUAUUAAUCUAUUGUUAUUGUUGUUAUUAUAAUUAUUCUACUGCAUUAAACUUAAUAUUUCAUGUGGUAAAUUUUUUUUUCAUACUUUUGCGUGUCUUGCACGGAUUAAUUUAAUUUCCAUUAUUUCUUAUGGGGAAAAUUAAUUCGACUUUCGAUAUUUUCGAUAUUCGAUAGCUCUAAGGAACGGAUUAGUAUCGAAUGUUGAGGGUCCACUGUACUUUUAAGAUAAAGAUUUUAUGUUAAGUACACAGAAAGCCACUAUUAUGCCAGGCAUUUUCGGCAGACUAAUCCUAGUACAUAAUGGCUACUUAAGUCUAGACAAGAUAAGAGUGGUUAAUUUUUUAACAAAUGUUUAUUUUAUCUUAAUACUAAUGCGACAAAUGCGAGGUAGUCAAAAUUGAAUUAGCUUUGAUCCAAGGGAGAAUAGCUUUAAUUCACUGGAUCAAGAGCCCUUUACUGGCAUUAGGACACCUUUGUAAAGGGGAUUUGAAUAAAAUUAAAGGAGGAAUGUAAAUUCCUCUUCUUAUAUAAAGAAAAACUAAAAUUUAACACAUAUGCAACACAGCUUAAAAAUGUUUCUUUGUUAUUGUCAAAGUUUCAUCUCAUUUAAGUGGGUGAUAGAGCGUGACAAAAUGUAAUCUUAUAAUGAAAACAUAACAGGUUAUGUAUAUGGUACCGAAAAAAAAUUAUACAGUGGUACCUCGACUUACGAGUUUAAUUUGUUCCGUGACCGAGCUGGUAACUCAAUUUGCUCGUAUAUUGAAUCAAUUUUCCACUUUGAAAUUAAGUGAAAUGCCAUUAAUCCAUUCCAGCAGAAUUCCUGGCUCUAGGGAGGCAGGAGAAAAUACUUUAAUAGUAUAACGCUAAUAUCAACUCUAUGGCUUAUUUAUCUAAUUUCAACUCUACGGCUUAUUUAUCUAUCACAAUUGAUCUAAUAUGACAUAAUAACCAAUGUAAAUAACAUAGAAACAUGAUAUAUACUUUAGAAUGAUUAAAAUAUGCCAUUAUGUGACGAGUGGUGACAGCCACUCCUGAGGUAAAAAUAAUUAUCGCUCUGACCAUAUCUUCCCAUUCUCACCCUUCUAAGGUCUCAUUAUAAGAGAAAAUGGAGUGUUUGUGAGGCUAACUGCACUAGAUCACUAGUUUCAUAAGGAAAACACUGAAACAAAAGCGAUUUUCUUGUGUUUUUCUAUGAUUUCAUGCUUUAAUUCAAUGAACAUUAUCCUCUUCUUCUUCUCACCACUGUCCUUAGAACUUACUUUCUUAGGACCCAUAGUUAGAAGAAAGAAAUUUAGCAAAAUAACUGCACAAAAAGCACAAAACGCUGGGAUGCUGGGUGGAUGUUGUGGUGUUUGUUGCGCCAACUAGUGGUGGCUUAUCUGAAGCUCACUCGUAACUCAAAUUUUGGUUCGCAACUCAAAGCGAUGGCUUGUAACUCAGGAAACUCGUAAGUUGGGGAACUCGUAAGUCAAGGUACCACUGUACAUAAUUUACUGUAUGAUCCAGAGGGCUGAGAAGGGGUUGUUGAGGUGGUUUGGGCACUUUAUAGAGGUUGAAACAAAAUAGGAUGACUAGGAAGGUACAGUAUAUAAAUCUAAGGUAGAGGGAAGGGAUAGAGGGGUGGUCCUAGGAAGGGUUGGAGGGAAGGGGGUUAAAGGAUGCUUUGAAUGCUAAGAGCUGGAACAUCCAACAGGCUGGUGUGAGUAUAUUAAACCAAAGUAGGUAGAGGAAAGUAGUUUUUGUGACCUAACAUGCUGUUAGUGUGAGCAAGGAAACAUUUAUGAGGGGAUUCAAGGAAACCAGUUUGCCAGAUUUGAGUCCUGGUGUGGAAAGUACAGUGCCUACACUCUCGAGGAGGAGGUGAAGAUGUUGCAAUUAUGAGGGUCAUCUGAACUGUGAUGUUAAUAUCACAGGGGGGUCACCCUGCCUCGGUGGGAGAUAGUCAGUAUGUUAAGAAAAUACAUAUACUACUCCACUGUAUAUACAGGUGCUCCUCGACUUAUGAUAGUUCGACAUAUUUUGACUUUACAAUGGUGCAAGAGCAAUUAUUUUGGAGAUUAACCAUGAGAUAAUUACACAGUAUGAAGGCAGCAAGUCCAUAACUUGUAAUAUUUUCAACUUACAAUAGGCUUGUCGGAAUGUAAUUCAAUUUUAUGUCAAGGAGCACCUGUAGUAUUUAAAAUCAUUACAUACUACCAGAUAUACAGCUAACCUUUGAACAAUCCGGGGGUUAUCCGUGCUGAACCCCAACACAGUCGAAAAUCUGUAUAUAAUUUUUGACUCCCCAAAAACUUACAGUAAUACCUUACGGUUGACUGGGAGCCUUACAGAUAACAUAAACAGUCGAUUAACACACAUUUUGUAUGUUAUAUGUAUUAUAUACUGUAUUCUUUCAAAAAAGUAAGCUAGAGAAAAAAUGUUAAGAAGAUCAUAAGGAAAAUGCAUUUACAGUACUGUACUCUAUUUAUCAAUACUGUUAAAGUUUACAUAGUCUGUUUACAGGAUGAAUCAUCUGUCUGUUAGUGCCUACAUCAAAAUUGUCAUACUAUAUGAUAUAAAUUAUAAUCAUGGGAGAGUGCUAAGCCCCUAGGGAUUAUACUGUGUCUGUGGGGGAGAGAGAAGGUAUUCAGGCUCAAUUCAGGGACCUGGAGCACAGAUCCAAUUCCCUAGAUCAAGAGUCCCUCACAAGCAUCAAGGAACCUCCCUUGAGGGGAGAUGAUGUGUAAAAAGAAAUUCAUAUUUAGUUAAUUUUAUGAAAUUAUGGCACCAUGUACAAUCUGUAUUUGUGUGCAUAAGUUUUAAUAAGCUUUUAUAAUAGAUUUGUGUAGAUUUUAUGGUAGUAAAUGAUAAAAUAGAUCAGUAUCUACAUAUAUUUUAUGCAUUACAUAACUUUUUCUUAAUAUUUUUUAUAUUUCUAGGCUAUGAGGUUCGUCUGCAACUUCUUUUCAAAUUGUCUAAAAUCUCAAAAAAAAUUCCAAUAUAUUUAUUGAAAAAAAUUUGCAUACAUGUAUAAGUGGACCCAUGCAGUUCAAACCUGUGUUGUUCAAAGGUCAACUGUAAUUUUAACUUAAUCCAUAUUACUAUAGUGUUAACAUUCAAAACCAUGUUGAUAAGAGUAUAAAGCAAACAUAAAUCACUUUAUACAGUAGAACCCCAACUUAUGAUGUUAAGAGUUAUUAGGUUUCACAUUUAUGACACUGGCAUUUUGGAACCAAUUAAUUUCUUAUGAACAAGUGACUCACACUUCUGAUGCCGGGGACAUUAUGGCAGAAGUGCAGUGGAGCUUAUGGCUGGUAGGUAGAAGUAAACCUUUUCCCAAUGCUUUAUAUAAUCUGUGUUUUUUGAGGUUCAGUUAGGCAAAGUUUGUCAGGAAACAGGACAAGUGUUUCCUGAUGUGGGUCUUAGUCAUAUGAUGACCCACAGCUGGAGCUCCUAGUUAUCUGAGGCCUUCCACUGACAUUCCAGUCCACCCCCUUUAAAAAUUAUGGUUAUGAUUUUAACCAUUAAGUGUUUUAUAUGUUUUCUGAAGAUUUACCAUGCAUCAUGACUGUAAAGCGCAAGAGUAGUGGUAGUGAUACCCAAGUGUCAUGGAAAGGGAAAUGUAUAACCUCUGAAAUAAAACUUGACAUUAUAGUGUGUUCUGAAAAGAAUGAGACAUCUAUUAAAAUUGUACCUAUGUACAGCCUCUCCUCAUUUAGCAAUGUACCCAUUUACCAACGACUCAGACUUACGACGGGCUCUCUGACUAGUAUGUAUUCCUAAUUAAUGUAUAUUAAAACUGAUUUCCUCUAUUCUGUUUAUUACAAUAUACGGUAAACUACAGUACAUGUAUAAACAUUUAAAAAUAUACCAGAAACGUUGAAAAUGGUGCAAAGGUGAUAUUAAAACAAUAUCAAAGAUGGUUAACACAAACCUACUACCAUUAUAGUAUGCUCCUCACUUAGCAAUGAAUUCGUUUACCGACAUGGUCUUAGGAACGGAACUCUGUCGUUAAGUGAGGAGAGGCUGUAUAAUAUGAACAAGUUGACCACUGUAAAAGUACACAUCAUAUAAAUAUUGUUCUGAUGUACAUGCAGCUAAAAAAGCAUAAUGAAGGCAAAAGACUGGGUAAAAAUUCUUAUGGGAAAAAACUGAAUUACUGCAGUGACAGAAACUAGGACUCAGAACCCAUUAAUCUCUUUUAUGGGAAAAUGGGUUUUGAUUACCAAACAAAUGACUACAAUGAGUAUUCAAGAAUGCAUUAAUGUCCUAAGAUGAGGCACUACAAAAAUUAAACAUGAAAACAGUAAGCCUUAUAAAAGUAAAGGAGAACAUAAGAAAUUUCACAUGUCCCUCAUGCAGAGCAUCAGAAGGGCAAUACCUGUAAAUAAGUAAGUUUAUUUUGGCACAGGUAUACAUAAGUACAAUGAUCAUACAUAAGGUAAAUUACCUAAGGUAACCCCCCCC